AUGUCGUCUACGGCACGUGUUGCGCCUGAACGCGAAUUGACACACGACCUAUUGAAUCCAGUGAUCUCAACAUCCAAUCAAAACACAUGUGCUGUGUCUGGUCACGCAGAUAUAAAUGCUGAAUUAAUUAGUGAGUACACGGGACCCGUAGAAUCGGUGCUACCACGCGAAUUCCGCCAGAGGUUGCACAAGCAUUUCGCUCGCAUUGAACGUGAAUUUGAACGGGAAUAUCGCCGGCUCUAUGGAGAAAACCUUGCGUUGGGUGCCAGUCUACUAUCCCAACGGUUUAAACAACAAUACAAGCAAUCAGCCUCGCGUUUGGUCUCUAGCCUGCGCCCUUCUGCUGGGCAUGCGGGCACAGCAGGAACAAUUGGACAAAACUCAGGGCUCAGUUCGGGUCAUGUAGGCUCCUCCACUAUGCCUUCCACCGUUCCUGCGAACAGUUUGCCCGGUACACCGGCCGUUACUUUGUCACAUUUACAAGCAAACACUCAGGCCCAAACCUCUUCCACCGUGUUUGCUGGCACAUUGGCUGGACACGGUGGAUCCUGGCAGCUCGUCAGUCGUGUCACAGGUCACCGGGAUGGAAUUUGGGAGGUGACCCCGCAUCGCCGAUUCUUAGCCACGGCGUCAGCAGAUAAUACUGUUCGAUUGUGGACCAACAGUUCUCCACUAAAGUGUCUCAAGUUGGCAAAUGCAAAUCGAGCCCUCUGUAUUCGAGCUGACACUUCAUCAAUGAUGCGUCUGCUAGGUGAGGUAGCCACUAGUGCACAUUUGCUUCACUAUACUUCUGGCUGCCUCAUGGUCUACCUCGGUCACUACGGUUCGGCUAACUCAGUCCGAUUCCGCACUCGUGAUCAUCUGUUGCUAACCUCAAGUGGGGACGGGACGGCGCAUCUGAUCCGACUUCCGUUCGAUUUGUUGAUGAAAGCCACCAACUGUUUGAGUUCGGUCAGUCAGAAUUCUGCUUCUAGUUCGAACGCAGUUGUGGCGGCAUUUGAGGCGGCCAGCUCCGCUUUGACUUCGGAAUUUGCCGGAUCCGGGGCAAUGGGACUGGGUGUGGGAACCGGUAAUUUUGUGUGCGAUUGUGUGCUAUUUGUUAUCCCUUUUGCGUUUUCCUCUCACGACCUACUACUUUCCUUCUAUUUGUGUGGGUUUUGGUUGGUGUAG